AACUUGAUUAGGAAUGGAUAAUUGGAUAAUCAAACGUAGAUAUUGCGGAAACGAAUUAUAGUUUACGCAUUAUACAGAUAAAUAAUGGUGAGGUAUUUCAUUUAAAUAUUCAAGUUUUCAAACCUUUUCCUUUUUUCAAUUUUUCAUCUCGACAGUUUUUGGUAAUUCCUGAUAAUUUCGCCAUUCGGGAAUUCCUGGGAACGGGAAUAUUCUUUCCCUGUGUCAUUCCCCGAAAUUUUAUUUCCGAGAUUACCAACUCUAAACACGAUGUGGUAAGAAAACUUUGCUGCAGUGUUUUGUAGAGCAUAAACAAGGAUGAGGGUGCAGUGUGCGUCAGCUUUAUAUAAUCCCAGCAUAUUUAUUGUGUGAAUGUGGUAACCCUGAAUUCAUAUUGAAAAAAUCAAUACGAGUACAAUAAACAAUAAUGAACUUAACUCGCACUGUGUAUACUUAAGAAGAUAUAGACGUAUAUAUAUUAGGUACUUAAUAGUUACCUAUAAUAACAAUUUAAAGUUGUAAUAAGACACAUUUAUUCGAUUUUUAAAAGAACAAUAUGGAGACACCAGAAUCAUUAACCACCUGUAAUGAAACGAAUGUUGAAAAAAAACUUGAAGAAGAAAAAGUGUCACAGGAUGAAUUAAAUAUUAAAGAGGAGUACAAUGAUGCAUUAAGUUGUACUGGGUUUGAAAAGGAUGGAUGGUACAAAUAUAACACUAUUGUCAACGUAGUAUUGUUUACUUUUUUGAUUUUGAGCUUCAUUUUGAUCGUGGGGAUUGCAGUACAUGUGGGGCGCAUUGUGUAUCUGAUUGUACAGAAGAAAAUAUUUAUUUCUAAGAUUCUUAACAAAGAAUUGUAAUACCGAGAGAAAAUUAAUUGACUUCAACAUGCAAUAUAGCAUUUUUUAUACAUUUAAUAGUCAAUAUAGAUUAUCAUACCUUAUUAUUUAUUCAUUGUUUUAUGAAAUCACAAUCUGUUUUAUUUAAUGCGGACGAUAAUUGGUAUAAUGUUUUUAACUUUUUGUAACUUUUGAACAAUGUUUUGUCUUUUUACAAUCAUUGAACAACUAGGUAUUUUUUUAUACUGUUCAAAAUGUGUAUGUAAAUGUUAUAAUUCAAAACCUUGCAUGUAUUUGAAAUUUAAAUUAAAUAUACCCGUAUUUCUUCCCAGAUGGUAUUAUUUUUUUUUCUCUAAAAUUAUCAUAUUUGCUGAA